CUGGUGUCACAAGGCUGCAGGAACACAUAUUUGGAUUCAUGGCGCACAUAAGAUUAAGAACGUGUAAUACAGCGUGGGGAAUAAAGAAAUUGGACAGAACUAGUUACGUUUUCGACUUCCCCAACAUGAGCGAGCUGAGGAUUUUCCUGCUGGGGAAGAGUGUGUCAGAAAACAGUCUUGUUGGAAACUUCAUAUUAGGACGAGCAGCAUUUGACAGUGAAGCUCCUCCAGAUGUUGUCGAGAGAGUCGCAGGAAGACUGAAGGACAGACACGUGAUCAUCAUCCACAGUCCUCAGCUGCUCCAGACAAACAUCUCAGAUCAUCAGAUCACACAGACAGUGAGAGAGUGUGUGUAUCUGUCUGAUCCAGGACCUCAUGUGUUCAUAAUCAUAGUGCAGAAUAAUGACUUCACUGAGGAGGACAUGAGAAGAGUGAAACAUGUGUUGAAAAAAUUCAAAGAAGAGGCAUUUAAACACACUUUAGUGAUCACGACUGAUGAAGAAACUUACGAGUCACACAUGAGUCCUACGAUAAAGCAUACAGCAGCUCAUCAGUUAAUAAAGGAGUGUGGAAGAAGACAUCUGCAGCUUGGAAAAGAAAAAUCAGAAUGGCACUCUGACAUAUUCAAGAGUGUUGAUGAGAUAUUCAAAGUAAACCAGGAAGAAUAUCUCGCAUGUGAAAUAUAUGAAGAUGUUACAGGAACAUCAGUGGAUGAAGAGCAGAGCAGAUCAAGGCGCUUUCACCACCAAGAUGAUGAAAAACACAAAGAGAUCCAGAAAGACAGAAGUGAUGAAGCGCAUUUUCAAGGAAAACAGAAGCUGAAUUUGGUGUUGUGCGGAAGUGAUGGAUCACUCACAGCCUCUGUGUCAAAAUUCUUACGAGGGAAAAAGAUUGAACUUUCACAUCAGAGAGAGAGCAGCAAAGAGUGCAUAAAGAAAAAGAGGAUAAUUUGUGAUCGUCUGAUCAGUCUGGUGGAGCUUCCAGCUCUCAAUCAGCUCUCAAAGGAGGAAGUGAUGCGUCAGACUCUCAGCUGUGUGUCACUCAGUCAUCCUGGAGUUCAUGUUUUCAUCAUAAUUGUUCCGGAUGCUCCACUGACUGAUGGAGACAAAGCAGAAAUAGAGGAGAUCCAGAAGAUAUUUGACUCCAGAGAGCAUUUUAUGCUGUUCUUUACCCCAAGUCUGUCUGUUGAAGGACAAGUGACGGGUUUAGUUAAGUCCAGCACAGAAUCUCAGCGUUUAAUCAGUCGUUGUGGAGGUCAGUACAGAGUGAUGGGGUUAAAUGAACCUGAAAACUCAAGACAGAUCCCAGAUCUACUAUAUUAUAUAGAGAGCAUGAAGACUGAACCGUAUUCACUUCAGAUGUAUGUGAAAGCUCAAGAGAACAGAAUCAGACAUGAACUGGAGGAGCAAUAUAAGAAAGAACUGAAGAGAAUGGAAGAUGAAAACAAAGAGUUAAAGCAGAAAAUUCAGUCAUAUGGUGCUGAAGGUGAGACAGAUGAUCUGGAGGGUCUGAGGAUUGUGUUGAUCGGGAGGACAGGAAGUGGGAAGAGUGCAACAGGAAACACUAUUCUAGGAAGAGAUGAGUUUCAGAGCCAAUUAAGCACAGAUUCAGUGACGACUGUUUCGCAUAAAGGACUUGGUGAAGUUGAUGGUCGAUCGGUAACUGUUGUUGAUACUCCAGGUCUCUUUGACACAACACUGAAAAAUGAUCAAGUGGUGGAAGAAAUAAUGAAAUGUGUUUUACUGUCAUCACCUGGACCUCAUGUUUUUGUCACUGUGUUGAGUGUGGGACGAUUCACCAAAGAGGAGAUGGACACUGUAGAUCUCAUAAAGAAGAUCUUUGGUCCAAAAGCUGCUCAGUUCAGCAUUGUUCUGUUCACUCGAGGAGAUGAUCUUGAGAAUGAAUCCAUACAAGAUUAUGUGAAGAGAAGUAAAUCAGCAGAACUGAAGAAACUGAUCAGAGAUUGUGGAAACAGAUUCCUGUCUUUCAAUAACAGAGAAAAAGGAGACAGAAGUCAAGUGAUUCAACUGUUAAACAUGAUAGAAGAGCUGAAAAAUACAGCUGAGGGUCGAUACUUCACUAACAGCAUGUUCGAGGAGGCAGAGAUGUCCAUUAAAAAGAGAAUGGAGGAAAUAAUGAAAGAGAGAGAGAGAGAAAUUCAGGCUCAGAGAGAAGAAUUGCAAGCUAGAUAUGAAAUGGACAUGAAAAACCUGAGGAAGAAACUCGAGGAAGAGAAAGAAAGAGCAGAUAAGGAGAAAAUAAAAAUGCAGAAUCAAUUUAGAGAAAAACUGGAAAAACUCAGAAAAGAGUUUGAAGAAAAAGAGAAAAUAGAACAGAAGAAACAAGAGACUGAAAACCAGAAACGAUUAGAAGAAGAAAAACAGCAGAGAGCUGAAUAUCAUCAAAAAAUAGACGAGAUGAAGAAAGAGAUGGAAAAUCAGAGAUUACAGUACGAAAAACAGCAAAAAGAAGGAGAACUAGAAGAUAGAUGGAGAGAAGAGAAAUACAGACAAGAUCAAGAAAAGAUGAGAAAUGAACAAAAACAUAUUAUAGCAAAAUUACAGAAGAAACAAGAAGAGGAAACUAAAAGAAGGGAAACUGAGGAGAAAAGGAGAAAUAAAGAAGAAGAGGAGGAGAGACAGAUAUGGGAAAGAAAAAUAAAAGAGGCUGAAAAUGACAGAAAGGAGAUUCAAGAGGAAAUUCAACAACAGCAGAGAGAAUGGGAGGAUGAAAAGAAACGACAGAUGAGAGAACGAGAAGAAGAAGAAAGAAAGAGAAAAGAGAAACACAAGGAACAAUUGAGAGAAAAACAAGAAGAACUGGAGAAAAUGAGAAAGAGAUUUGAAAGAGAGAGAGAAGAAGAACGACAAAAAAUACCGUAUGAGAGAAACAAACAGAAAAGAGAACAAGAAGAAAAAGAGAGAGAAUAUGAAGGAAAGAUAACUGAAAUGAAAAUACAUUAUGAACAACUGGAGCACACGAGGAAAAUGGAGUGGGAGAAAAGAAAUCGAGAAGAUGAUCAGAGACGAGAGGAAGAGAGAAAGAGACUGACAAAACUGAUUGAAGGUCUUAAACAAGUGCGAGAACUGGAGAUCAACAGAAGAGAAAAAGAAGAGCGAGAGAGAAGAGAAAGAGAAGAGAAAGAGCGAGAUGAAAUAAAAAAGAAAUAUGAAGAGAAAAUAAAAGUCAUAAUGAAGAAACAUGAAGAUGAAGCCAGAAAACAAGCAGAAGAACUGAAUGAUUUCAUAGAGAGAAAAGAGCAGCACGUUCAGGAGCUCCAACAGAUGCUGGAAGAAUAUCAGAGACAACAGAAAUUACUGGAAAAACUCUAUCAACACCUGAAAGCCCAGAAAGAUGAAGAAACAGAAGAGCUGCUACAAGUAGUAGAAAGUUUGAGUAAUAAAUGCAGCUGUGUCAUUCUGUGAUAUUUCUAAAAAAUUGAAGAGAAGACUAUAAAAAUACUAUUUUUAUGAUCA